GGCUACUAUUGAACUGGGAAAAGUUCUUGUCCGACGUUCAUCUGAAGACAUUUUCUUUCGCAUCUUCUGCUUGACAGGGACAACAGAAUGAGCAUUUACCACAGAAUAACUUUGGCACUGGCAAUAAUAUGCCUUUUUGGGGACAUCGGACUGGGAGCCCCAUACAAAGGCAGGUAUAUGUGGGUGAAAUGCAACCCGGAUCAUAAGAAUGCAAACUGUGUCACACAGAUGGGCCCCUUGGUGCCCCUCUCAGGGCAAAGCUCUCGACUUCCGCCUUCUGCUGCAAAACACAUAUUCCCAGUUAGCACAGAGGAAGCCACUCCUGAGACGGAGGAGCAGUCAGGAGAGGGUUCAGGUAACUCAGACACCUUCGCUCCUUUUAUCAGUAUGGAUCAGCAGUUGAUGAGAGACGGUCCAGAGCAAGAACUCAACAAGAAUGAAGAGGAGGGAUCGACUGUCGAGUCCAGUGGAGACAUCGAUUACGCCAAAUAUGUUUCAACUCAGAAAAUAGAUUGGCUUUCUAAACAGGAUUUGAAAGAGGAAGACAUUAUUGCAUAAAGGGCUACAUUACAUCUCAUUUGUUUUUUUGUUUUUUUCUUUUUGAACCAUACGGGAUGCUGCUUUUUUGGUCACAGAUAUAAUUAAUAUAUAUUCUUAAAAUGUGACAUGAUCUGCAAAAGUGUAUUUUAUUCCAGUUUGCAUUGUAAGGAUCUAUUUUUAUUUGCUCUUCAACUUUGAAACUUUUAUAUUAUUAUUAUUAUUAUUAUAAUUUUAUUUACUCUUAAUGUCCACAGUGUGACCCAUGAUCUGUAUUAAAACAAUAAUUUUAAUUU